GACGACGGUGCACGGCGUCGCGACGCUCACGGGCGCUCACUUGAAUCCUCGCCGCGUGUUCGUCGGGCGAUUCGCCUUGAAAGAGAGCGCGUCGACGUGAGCGACCGCCCGAGGAGACGUUAAUUAGUCCGGCCGGCUCCGUCGUUCGAUCGCGGAUCUCGACGGUCUCGCGGAGGAUCCGACGUUCGGGACGCACACGUGACUUUCGCCCUCUCUCUUCCUUCCGAACGCUCCCGGGAGCGUGUCUCGCGCGAGCCAGAGUAAACCGGCGUGCGGGAGGACACGGCGCAUAAGUGAAAACGGACGAUCCUGGGCCAGCCGCAGGAGAUAACCCGCCGAGGGGACGUAGGGCGCGCGCGCGCGCGCGCGUGUGCGAAAAUGUCUCGGGGGUUCGCGAUUUAACGGCUCCGACGAAGGUCACCCCCUUCGUACUCGAUUUCGCGCCGGACGCCAUCGGGCCGACGUGCGACUUAUCGCCAAGGACGAUCGCACCUGCCCGUCGCUCGAUUACGGUCUAGGACGAUCGGAUCGAUCGGAGUGUGUGCGCGGGAUCCUGCGAUCGAGAGGACGAUCUCCGGAGUGUGUGAGCCGGCUCGUGGACGAGCUCGAGCGGCGGGGCCGGUGUGACGCUCCCUCCUGAACUCUUAUCCUUUUCCUCCGCUUCCCCCGACGUGCUCGCAGCCCCGACCGUGCCGCUCGACUUCGCCGGCGAUCGUCAUCGAUGCACCAACCCCGCGAACCGCCCAUCGUCCACGGCCGUCGGUCGUCGCGCCGUGAGGUGACAGUGCCGUCGCGUGCCGUCGCGUGAAACUCGCCCCCGUGCUCGAUGCGUGCACGGAAGAUGGAAGUAAGAACUCGCGUUCGUGCGUCCGCGUGGAGCACUAAGGGCUGAAGUUUCGGAGUUCCGCUGGCCUACUUCGGCUCUGUCCUCCGGCCGGAGAGCGCGCGGAGGAUGUCCGAGAGGUGACUGGGUGCUGAGGAGGAGGAGAGGGCGCAGUGGCAUCGAAGGUUGCUGCCACCUCGGCUGCCACUUCUGGUGGAAUGGAGAUGAACGGCACCGAAAGCAGCCUGAAUGGCACCGAGGUCAAUCGCACUUCCGCGCCGGUCUUCACCAUUGGGACGGAUUUUAUCACGCAAUGGAAGCUGAAGAGACAACGGGAGCGCCUAUGUCGAUUCGUGUACAACCAGAUUUUGACGGCGGAAUGUACCCAGUUAAAUGGAACAUGGCCUGACCCGGAUGACCCGCGCUGGAGCAGCGGUGAAUACGCGGAACUUCUGCCCGACUGGUUUCCAACAAACGCGACGAACAGCUCGACUUUCGGAAACGCGACGACUUCGUCGACGUUGGAUGAAUCUCUGACGCCCGUUUUGCCACCGUUCGCGCUCUGGCAGACGGUACUGAUCGCUAUCUGUCUGGCGAUAUGCAUACUGUUAACCGUCGGCGGUAACAUCCUCGUUCUUCUGGCAUUCAUCGUAGAUAGGGCCAUCAGGCAACCGAGUAACUACUUCAUCGCAUCAUUAGCCGCCACUGAUAUGCUUAUCGGCACCGUGUCGAUGCCGUUCUACACGGUCUACGUGCUGAUGGGCUAUUGGAACCUGGGCCCGCUGCUCUGCGAUCUAUGGCUGUCGGUGGACUACACGGUGUGCCUGGUGUCCCAGUACACCGUGCUGCUGAUCACGAUCGACCGCUUCUGCUCGGUGAAGAUAGCCGCGCAGUACCGCAGCUGGCGGACGAAGCAGCGGGUGAUCUGGAUGGUGACCAUCACCUGGAUCAUACCGGCGCUGCUCUUCUUCAUCAGCAUCUUCGGCUGGGAGCACUUCAUCGGCUACAGGGACUUGAACCCGGGCCAGUGCGCGGUGCAGUUCCUCAAGGACCCGGUGUUCAACACCGCGCUGAUCAUCGGUUACUACUGGACGACGCUGAUCGUACUGUUCAUCCUCUACGGCGGCAUAUACAAGACCGCGUACGACAUGCAGAAGAAGAGCGAGGCGAAGCAGCGGAAGAUGCAGUCGAUGGUCGCGCUGAGCGCCGGGGCGAUGUCCGGCAUGGCCGGCCGCGCCGCCGGCAUCGGCAUUUCCAAGACCCAGAGCACCCUGUUGAGCCAGGACAAGCCGAAGGUCAGCGGCGGGGCCGCGGAGGAAGGCGGCACGGACGCGAGCGUCCCGCAGAAGAGCGUCGCCAAGAGCGCCGACUCGACGACCGCGGUGUCCGAGUGCAAGAACGUCGCGGCGAACGCGACGGUGCUCGAGACCGAGAAGUCCGAGCGGUCGAGCAGCCCGGCCUUCGACUCCGACGAGGAGAGCACUGUGGGCACCAGCCAGCAGCAGAGCAACAUCCGCAAACGCUCGUCGCUGGCGGGUCUGAUGGCCCAGUCCGGCGCCCUGCAGGUGUUCGCCACCAAUGGCCGCCUCAACGGCAUCGUGCCGGUCAAGGUGGAGCUGAGCGUGCCGACCGCGCGGAAACUACUGCCCGCCAGUCCCACGCGCGACGUCGGCACGGCGACGCAACGGGCCCAAACACUGCCGAAGAUCCAAGAGCUCAGUCUCCUGGACACCGACAAUCCCGUCGAGCCGGACAACAACAGCCGGACGCUGACGCCGGAGCAGUCUCUGAGAUCGAGCGAGGCUAAUCAACAGUCGGCCGAGACGACGAAGCACGCGUCGAUCAACAGCGUUCAGCAGAACAUCAUCCCGCCGCCGACGCAGUUCCAGAGCAGCCCGCUGGUCUCGGAGAGCCCCGCCACGUCGUCGUCGACCGACCGGCCGAAGUCGCUGAUCGUCUGCUCCCACGGCCAAGGCACCUACGACAUCCUCACCGGCCUGGACGGCGGCGACCUGCGCUACAUGGACGAGAGCUCGAUCAUCGUGCCGAGUCCCUCUUACGAGAGCCCACCGUCUUCCUUCUCCUGCAGCCUGGCGAACCCGCUCUCGACGGCACCGUCCUCGCCGAUCCUGGGCAACGCGGCGAUUACCGGCAGCACCAGCCUGCUGCAGACCGCUCUGAUCAGGGCGACCGCGCAGCAGGCUGGCAGCGGUCAGCUGACGGUCGUACAGAGCAAGCAGCCCGCCAUGUCGAACGCGUCCAGCCAGACGCACCCGCCGCGCGUCUUCAUCACUCAUCAGUCGAACGCGGCGUCGCAGACGUCGCCCACAGUCAGCAAGGUGCACACCGAGGUGUCCGUGAGCGCGGAGGGCGCGAAGAAACGGCAGCCGGUGACGACGGUGGUUGCGAGCCCGCAGGCGACGGCGACGCCGGCGACGAUCGUCGUGACGAUGGAGUCGUCCAACAGCACGACCGACCGCGUCUCCGACCAGUUCGUCAAGGUGAGCAACCCCGCGCAGAAUUCGUCGUCAAGCAGCGCGGUGCCGACCGCGUCGGCCACCACGAACAGCCAGGAGGUGAAGCGGCAGUCGUCCAAGAAGAAGGACGCGCAGUCCGACGCGGAGCAGAGCGGCUCGAGGCGGGACUUCGUCAAGUCCAUCGGCAAGCGGCUCAAGGCGAAGACGCAGAAGAAGGACUUCACGAUAGGCCGGCAGAAGUCGCGGACGGAGAACCGGGCGCGCAAGGCUUUCCGCACGAUAUCCUUCAUCCUGGGCGCCUUCGUCGCCUGUUGGACGCCCUACCACAUACUCGCCCUCGUCGAGGGUUUCUGCGCGAACCCGCCCUGCACGAACGAGCACCUCUUCAUGUUCUCGUACUUCCUGUGUUACGCCAACAGCCCCAUGAAUCCCUUCUGCUACGCAUUGGCGAAUCAGCAGUUCAAGAAGACCUUCACCAGGAUACUGAGGGGCGACUUGCACAUGACGUAAGAGAGGAAGACAGCGAAGGAUAGCCGUUUUCGAUGACACCUCGUAGAGCUGAGCGUCCAGGCUUCUAGAGCUUCUAGACGACGCGGACUCGCUUCUUUGCGCGGAUAAGAUGGCCUUCCAUACUUAAUUGCCGAAUUAUAUACUUACUCGC